GCGCGCGAGGAGGCUGAGCGAGCGGCGGGCGCGGCGGGCCAGGAUGGAUUUCCAGCAGCUGGCUGACGUUGCGGAGAAAUGGUGCUCCAACACGCCCUUCGAGCUCAUCGCCACCGAGGAGACCGAGCGCAGGAUGGAUUUCUACGCCGACCCCGGCGUCUCCUUCUACGUGCUGUGUCCGGACAACGGCUGCGGGGACAAUUUCCACGUGUGGAGCGAGAGCGAAGACUGCCUGCCUUUCUUGCAGCUAGCGCAGGACUACAUCUCCUCCUGCGGCAAGAAGACGCUCCCCGAAGUCUUGGAGAAAGUCUUCAAGUCUUUCAGACCUUUACUGGGGCUUCCUGAUGCAGAUGAUGAUGCGUUUGAAGAGUACAGUGCAGAUGUGGAAGAGGAGGAGCCAGAGGCGGACCACCCCCAAAUGGGGGUCAGUCAGCAGUAAACUUCCGAGGCCUCCCACCUGAGGAGAGUGAACCCCCUGGUACCUGAGGUGGGGUUGCGUGCUCCUGGGUUAGCAUUUUGCGUUAGCACUUCGAAACAGGACGUCUGACUCCCAGCACCCAAAUUCAAACCAAGUACCUUUUUAUUGACCACAAAAUUCCUGAGAUGAGCUUUGCUCAGAAGUGACCUGAAGUUUACUUCCGUUUCAGUGGGUUUCUAUGGAGUUGUUUCGGUAGCCUUUGCCAUUUUGAAUUUAGAGUCCAUUUUGUGGCUGACCGUUCUCUCCUGAGUUUGUGUUGGAGAACUCACUUUCGCGGACUCGAACGUAGAGAACGCUGAAUGUAUUAAGGAUUAUGUUUUGCGUCCUCACGGGUGACAUUGUUGAGGGGAAAAGCAUGGCAGAGAAGAAAUGCAGUCUGCACUUUUUAUGUACUUUGUAAGUGUCCAUAAGUGAAGGAAUUUGCUUAUAAAGCAUGAGUUUUAAUAUCUAGUCAUUAAACUGCACAAGUGCAAAUACAAGGGCAGAAGAGAAUAAUCACUUAGCUUUGGAUGACGAGGGUAAGAGGCAAAGAAGCCUUUGUUUAAGUGUUCCGCCAUUACUCAGUUACCUGAAUAGAUAAGUUCAGAUAGAUAACCGAUUCAUGGUUAGGUGUACACGUUACUUGCAUGUCCAAUUAUUUCAAAACAUGCUAAUUCCAAAGCCACUUUUAAAAAUCUAAUAGCGGGAAAAUAUAAUAGGGGUGACAUAAAUUAUUGAUUACUUUAAAAUGUUUAUAAACUGUCCCACAUAUGAAAUGAAACAUUUAUGUUCUCUCUUUAUAACCAGAUGGCAACUUGAUAAAUCAUGAAAACAUUCAGAAUCCAAGUGCCACUUAAACUUUGAAGCCAUAGAUAAAUUUAAUGGGGAAAUAAACCAGGAUAAAAAAAUUUUUUUUAA